AUGCCGGGAUAGGGGACGACUAUAAAUACGGUCUGGGGGUCGGUAGCGAAGAUCAGUUUAAGGGGAGAUACGUUUUGAGGUUGUCGCGAAAUUUUGACAUCACAAGUAUGUGGAAACUUAUUAGCGGGACGGUAGUUAUUUUGUUGGUCUUAGACAAUGCGUCGUCCAAGGGUUUACCAUCAUACUUGAAAUUGUGCAAAAGAAGAAGUGGCAACUUACGUACAUGUGUUGCUGAAAAUGUCGAGUUACUUCGUCCUCAUCUGAAAAAGGGCAUUCCAGAACUCUUCAUUCCUUCAAUGGAUCCCCUGAUUAUCCCGGAAGCAACGCUGAACAGUGGUGAUCAAUUUAAAGCAACGUUUAGAAAUAUUGAGAUGUACCAUGCUGAAAACUUCAAAGUAGACACUUUCAAUUUUGAUUUGGAUCACCACCAUGUUGAUGCGAAACUGACAUUCCCUCUUCUAAGGAUAAAAUCGAAUUACAAUAUUAAUGGCAGAUUAUUAAUCUUACAAUUGAACGGGCAAGGGCCAGCAGAUGGAAACUAUACAAAUGUCCGUGCCAGUCUGAGCUUAAAAGGUACUCCAUUCAAGAAAAACAACAAGGAAUAUAUUAGAUGGGAAAAAGAAAAGAUCGACAUCGGUAUUGAAAAGUCCCAUCUGUCAUUUGACCGCCUCUUUGGCGAUAAUGCCCAACUCAAUGAACAAACAAACAGAGCCAUUAAUGACAAUAUUGAUGGAAUCAUCCAGGAAUUACAACCAGUAAUUCAGGGAGUUGUCAGUGAUUUCGUAUUCACCAUCAUUAACAGAGUUUUUGCCAGAUAUUCUGUUAACGAGUUGUUUAUAAGUUAAUCAAAAUUAACUGAAUAAAUAAAACGCGAGACUGAUUUCAGUAAUACACAUGAAAAGUAAAGAAUACAUUUAGAUUAAUUUCCAUUGGUAAGAUUUAGAAUUUACUAUUUUUUAUACAGAAAAAUAAAAUGACACGUUAAAGGUCAAA